AUUGCCAAAUCAUUUACAUUAUUAUUAUUAUUUUUCAAUCUAUAGGCUACAUGCACAUUUAUUUACAUUCUAUUGCACUGUAUUAUAUAUUCCAUGACAUAUAUCCGGUCAGGUCAGAGCUCUCUUUGAAACGAUUUGUAUGUGUUGAAAAAUGUCCUAAGGUUGAACUUAUUCAAGGGCAAAUGGUUCAAUGAGAGACCCUCUAGAGUCUAGACCUCCCUCUAUCUGAAUGCCUCCGCCGUCACCUUAAAGAAACACGUAGUAAUUUAAAAAUGUGCAUUAAAAGACACCUCGAUGAAGCCAUAUCCUGUGGGUUUCAUAUGGGCAGGGCACAAACAGAUGACCCUGUGUCUCAAAUAGCAUUGCGACAUAAACCGCUACUCACUUCUCCUUAGUGAAAGCGCCACUUUCACGCUUUAAACGAGGCAGUUGGUGCUCGAUUGCUCCUGUCUGAUGCAAACAUGGCAGAUUCGGAGGAUAAUGUUUCAAUUCCUCAUCUGAACUCCCUUCUGCAAAUGGAUCCUUACCUUAAACCCUAUGAAAAGGACUUCCAGAGGAGGUAUGGGCUAUUUGAGAAGCAGCUCGCACUCCUCGAGGAGGCCGAGGGAGGCUUUGAUCAGUUCACAAGAAGCUAUGAGAGUUACGGCGUACAGCGAAUGACGGACAACAGUCUUGUUUUCAAGGAGUGGGCGCCGGCCGCUGAAGCCUUGUUUCUCACUGGAGACUUCAAUGGCUGGAAUAAAUUUUCGCAUCCCUACACUAAAAAGGAGUUUGGGAAGUGGGAGCUGCACAUCCCCCCUAAAGAGGAUGGAACACCUGCUGUCACUCAUAACACCAUGCUGAAGCAUAAGCACCCUCGUCCACAGAAGCCCAGGAGCUUACGGAUCUACGAGUCCCACGUUGGCAUCGCUUCUCCAGAGGGCAAAGUGGCGUCUUACAGCAACUUUACACACAACGUGCUGCCCAGGAUAAAAGACCUUGGAUAUAACUGCAUUCAGAUGAUGGCGAUCAUGGAACAUGCGUACUAUGCUAGCUUCGGAUAUCAGGUCACAAGUUUCUUCGCAGCAUCCAGUCGUUACGGCACCCCAGAGGAACUCAAGGAGCUGAUUGACGUGGCUCACUCUCUGGGCAUCAUCGUCCUGCUGGAUGUGGUACACAGCCACGCAUCCAAGAACACAGAGGAUGGGCUGAACCGCUUUGAUGGCUCUGACUCAUGUUUCUUCCACAGCGGCCCCCGUGGAGAACACAGCCUCUGGGACAGCAGACUCUUCAACUACUCGAGCUGGGAGGUGUUGCGUUUUCUCCUGUCCAAUUUACGCUGGUGGAUGGAGGAGUACAGAUUUGAUGGAUUCAGGUUUGAUGGGGUGACGUCUAUGUUGUACCAUCAUCACGGAAUCGGAUCAGGAUUUUCAGGGGAUUAUGCUGAAUACUUUGGACUCCAAGUAGAUGAAGACUCACUGGUCUACCUCAUGCUGGCAAACCACAUUGUACACACCCUCUAUCAGGACUGCAUCACUAUUGCAGAGGAUGUGUCCGGUAUGCCAGCCCUUUGCUGUCCAGUCCAGGAAGGAGGUCUCGGUUUUGACUAUCGUCUGGCCAUGGCCAUUCCUGACAAAUGGAUUCAGAUCCUCAAGGAAUUCAAGGAUGAAGAUUGGAACGUGGGAAACAUUGUGUUCACAAUGACAAACAGACGAUACGGCGAGAAAUGCAUCGCUUACGCCGAGAGCCACGACCAGGCCCUGGUUGGAGACAAAACGCUGGCCUUCUGGCUGAUGGACAAGGAGAUGUACACCAACAUGAGCACCCUGAUUCCCAUGAACUCUAUCAUUGAUCGGGGCAUUCAGCUUCACAAGAUGAUUCGGCUGCUUACUCACAGCCUGGGAGGGGAGGGUUACCUGAACUUCAUGGGUAAUGAGUUUGGCCAUCCAGAAUGGCUAGAUUUUCCACGAGUCGGCAACAAUGAGAGUUACCAUUACGCCCGGCGACAGUUCAACCUUGUGGACACAGAUCACCUGCGUUAUCGGCAGCUGUACACUUUUGACCGGGACAUGAACCGCACAGAGGACAAGUACGGCUGGCUGGCUGCUCCCCCGGCUUACAUCAGCGCCAAGCACGAGGGAGACAAGGUGAUCGUCUUCGAGAGAGCUAAUGUCAUCUUCAUCUUCAACUUCCACCCCACAAAAAGCUACAGCAGCUAUAGAGUGGCAGUGGGGCCAGCAGGGAAAUACAAGAUCAAACUGGACUCAGAUGAAAUCCAGUAUGGAGGCCAUGGCAGACUGGACCACAGCACAGAGUUCUUCACUGAGCCAAUGGCAUUCAACGAUCGACCUAACUCUAUGCUGGUUUACAUUCCCUGCAGAACUGCUGUUGUUCUGGCCAACGAGGAAAUCGAUUACUGCUACUGAAACUCAAUCAGCGAUUCACCGCGAGAUGGAAACCCAGCACACUUCUGCCACUCGACCUACCUAGCUUCACAGUGUGUUCACCAACAUCCUUGACCAAACCAGUGCUUUUCCUGUGACCUGCCACCUUCAAAUCUUUGAAGAAGUAUAUAUUGCUGGUUCUGUAACUUUUCCUGUUACCUUAAUUAAAUCUGUAUUGUUCACAACAUACAGGAUACAUUAUUGAGGAAUUAUCAAGAAUUGGAGUCGCACUUUAUUUUACAGUGUUCGUGUUACUAAUGAACGACAUGUAAUUGCUGUGUAAUUAUUAAGCAGAGCUGCUUGUACUUGCAGAUUGUUAUUGUUAUUACUAUAGUAAUUAAUAUAGUUACAUGAAAUGUGUAACAUGGACACUUUAAAAUAAAGUGUUACCUAAAUUAGUUAUUAAAAUCCCAUUGCUUCUAACACAUUUUUGCAUCCUUCUGUUUCUAUGUAAACAUGUGCUAACUUGAUGUCCUUGACUGCAGUGCUGCGUCUCGCCGUGUUUUCAGCCUCUUGCACAGAAGUGCCACAUUCUUUAGACGGCAUGUCAAGUUUAAAAUAUCUUUUAAAAAUGCACACUGAGACAUCUGUACUGUUUCUGUUGUGCUGCAACCACCUUUUUUUUUCUUUUUUUUUUUCUUAAAAAUGCUUUCGGUCUGAACAGCCGCUUAGUCAUCAAACCCCAUACUUCUGUAACUGAAAGUGCAAAAAGCACUUGUUUCAAUUGGCUAAAUUGUAGUGUGUAAAAUCAAUCAUGAUUAUCAAUGAAAACAAAUCAUAAUAAAUUAUAAAACUAAAAAUAAUACAUCUAAAAUGACUGCCUAUCACUCAGCUUUGUAUUUAGCUUCAUUGUAAAUUUGUGGAAAAACCAUACACAGCUAGAUUAUCAACUGUUGCUAAAUGAAGAAUGCACCUUGGCCUGGUUCGUAAAUUACUACUGAAAUUACUGUUUAAUUGUACAAAACCGAAUGUAUUUUUGGGUGAAAUGUUGGUAUGACUUAAUGCAGUGUUGACUUUGGUCAGUAUUAAAAGCAGUAUAUGUCAACAUUGUAUUUAUAUAUAACCAUAAAAGGGAAAUAAAAGGGAAAGGUAUAUAGUAUUAAUUUA